GUUGGAGGGGGCUCAAGCCAAGAAGGGCGAGUUAUUGGUGGAAAUGUUGAAGUGCACCCAAACGUCCCAGGAGAGCAUGGAAAGAACACACUGCCACGCGGAAGUGAGCAUUCCCAGACAGAAAAUGUUGGGGAUUAAAGGGCGAGGAGCACAUGCAGGGUAUCUAGCCGGAUGGCUAGGAAUUGGGUUGAGGGUUGAAGUGAAAGGGGAGAUGGGUGAUAAGUUUCCAAAAAGGUUGGGCUUAAACACGAUGAACCUAAUGUUAGGAAUGUGCUUCAUUUCUAAAACAAGAUGCUGGGCUGCAAAAAGAUCGGACCUUGACAAGCACUGAAUUUCAAAUUCAGUUUGUGCAGCAUUGGAAGUUGUAGCAUUCCACCAAAACUGAUGCUCGUGACAAGCCAUCGCUUAAAUUCAUCAAAGGACUGCAUAACUUCUAUGGCGUGCUUAACAGAUAUACGUCAGCCGCCGUCUCCCCCUCACAGCUGCCUUCGUCAGACAUAUGCUUCCUGUAAGAAAUUAAACAUUUAGAUUGAACAAUAUGUAAAGCAUGGAUUGAAAAGAUAGCUGUGCGUCUAGCUUAGAAGGUUGCAGAAAAAUUGUUC